AUGUCGACAGCUCCGACGGUCAAGGAGCUUGUGAAAGCUGUCGGCACCUUCGCGCACAAUCCCUCCCUCCCACUCCCAGACGACCUCGUCCAAAUAAUCGACAACUUUCUGUACAAACGUACCGAUAAGUUAGAUGAAAGUGUAGCGGACAAGGUCCACGAUGAGUUAUUGCCGAUAUUCAAGCAAGACAUCGCUCAGGAUACAGCGCGCUAUGCCGCCUUCAUUGCCGUACUUCGACGCCUGCAGCCCUUAAUCGGCCAGACCACGACGGUCUUGCAAUGGCUCGAUCUGCUACUCCCUGCCCUCGCCAAUCUCGGAUUGGAUAAAGACCUGGCAACGGAGACCCAAGGGUUUAUGCUUGAUAUUCUUACGGGAGGCGAUGGCAAUGACACAACUUCCUUCACCAGGGGUGCAACCACUCCGGUUGCAGAGAAAAUAAUAUCGCUAUGGUUUCAAGAGGUUGACCUGCUUCGCAAUUGCUCUAAUCCUGCUCAAGACUUCAAGGAGAAGCUUAUGCGGGAGACAUUGGUCUUAUAUGGAAAGAAGCGACCGAAGGAAUUUAUGACUGUAGUUGAUCAUUUCGUGUGUAAACGAUCCCACCGUGCAGGUGCCCUAUUGCUACUAUCGUCUUUUGUGCAGAGCCAGCCGCCGCAUCUCUAUCUCAUCCUCCAGACCCCUCUCUUCGGCAAUCUCCUCAACUGUCUCCAGAGGGACACUUCUACAACUAUUAUGUCCGUGGCCCUCACAGGCCUGACCAUGGUGCUUCCACAUGUGCCGAGUUCAUUAGUCCCAUACUUGCCCGCGCUCUUCAAUAUAUAUGCACGAUUGCUCUUCUGGGAACGUGAGCUGUCUGUUGAUGCAGACUCCGAGGAGAGCAAGGAACGAAGAUUAUCCCUGAACGCUAUUAACUGGGAGGUUUGUCCGUUCUCAUCAGACGUUGAUGAUACGAAUAUUCCUCAACUCUUGGAUUAUUUCACAAUCUUGUAUGGAUUAUACCCAAUCAACUUCAUGGAUUAUAUCAGGAAACCCCAGAGAUACUUGAGGCAUGCCGAGGCGUCGGACUCGGACGUGAUCGAAGUACAACCAACUGAAAUUCGUCAUGCAUCAGAACGGUUUCGUCAAUGCCAUCUUUUGCAUGAGAACUUCUAUAACUUAACAAUAGAUUCAGAGAAAACUGACUUUGGGCGUUGGAUUAAGAGCGAACCAGCCGAGGUCGUGGCUGACUGUAUGGCUCUUCGCCAGCUCCCAGAUCAACCGUCUGAGGCUUCUCUUGAUAUAGCCCGGAUGUUGGAGUCAGAAGUUAAUGAUUUGGAGACAGACGAAAGGGAAUCUGGCCUGUUGAAUAGUUCGUUUAUCAUUGGGCCGUCUGGUUCUGAGGAUAUCCGUCACAGCUCAGUUUCUUCCAUCUCACCGUCAAGAAGUGGUAGUCGAAGUAUUCAGACAGCUUCGAUACGCGACUCAUCAAGUACAAUACGAUCUGAGACCGAGGGUGAUAGCCCUACGUUGACUCGGCAACUUGAUCUUAUGAACUCCAACAAGGCGGUUAACGUGCCCUCGUUGUCGUUGAGCCAUCAUGAGUCUAUUCCAGAGAAAGGGGCAUCUCACUCGCAUCCUAACUUACCUGGCCCCAGCAUGCAGCUCUCUGACGCUGCUGCCAAUGAUUCGCAAAGAAAGUUGCUUCGUUAUGUGUACCUCCUAUACAACGAUCUUGUGUUUGAGCGGUUUCUGAAGCAGCAACAUCUCACACAUAUUGGCGAGUUAAGGAGACGGCACAUCCGUGAAGCCGCCAGCGAGGCCGAAACCCAAAAUAUCAUUACUGCGAAUAAACACCUCAAACAGAGACUAGAGGAAGCUAAAAAGGCUGAAAUACAAGCAAAGACCGAGGCUGAGAAGAGUCGUGCGUUAUCCAAGAAAUGGGAGGCCGAUAUUUUCAAUAAGCUGAAGGUAUUACGCGAUGAGCAGAAGAAGUGGAAUAUCGAAAGAUCAAGCAUGCAGGCUGAACUCAAAGGAGCUAAGGACGAAGCCGAGGAUUUGCGGAAGUUGGUCUGCGAGGUUGAGGUGAGGGAGUUGGCGCUAAAGCAGAAAAUCCAAUCAGCCGAUAUCAGCUUUGGUGAAUUGGAGCAUUUAAAUAAUGAAGUUACGAGACUCACAGUAUCCGAGCGAGCUUAUCAAGCCCAGGAGGUGGAGCGUCAAGCAUGCAUAACACGGGCAGCCGAAGCAGAUGGCCGCGCGAAGGCUGCUGAGAUGAAAUUAGCCACACGUGAAUCCGAAAUUCAACAUAUCCAGGAUCUAUAUCAAUCUCAACUAGCAGAGCUCAACUCUAGAUUGCAAGAGACCUCAAACACCGGCGAGGCACACAGUGUCGAAGCGAGCCGGGCUACACAAGAUGAGAUGAGAAAGCGCAUGCAUGAACUUUCACGGAAAAAUACUAGCAGGCCAAAACUAUCCAGGUCAAGAAGUCGCCUUUCUGUUGAUACAGAGGACGACAUGUCAUCAAACCCAGGCAGCCCUCUAGAGUCCAUGACUCGGCGACGCCAGAGCCAUUCUGGUUCCGAAAUCUUCGAGACCACAUCGUACAAUGCGACACCACCGCUUGAGCCGCUUGGUUCCCUACUUCCGGGCUCUGCACAAGCGAGUUCACUAGCAUUGCAGGGAGACGAGGGCUCUUCGACGAAGACAGACAAUUCUAGCACAAAAGCCGAGAGGCAAACUAGCAAAGGCAAGCUACAAUAG